AUGUCGAAAGCAAAAUAUGAUUUUUACCAAACGGAUGCGCAUGUUUUUGUGACAAUACUGAAGCGUGGUUUAAUAGCAGAACAGUGUAAAGCACAAUAUGAAAAUGGUUGGCUAAUAGUAUCGUCUGAGGAUGAAGUUUUAUUAAAUAUACAGUUAGCACAUCCCGUUUCCAAAUCAAUGGAGUUGAAAUGUUCGCCAUCUAAGAUCGAAAUAAAAAUGUCGAAAAUAGUAUCAGAACAGUGGGAAACACUGGAAGUGAAAAAUGAAAAGCCGAGAAAUAAGCCAACACUGAUUAGCUGGGAUAAACUAGCGGAAGAUGUAGACGAUGAAGAACAGGGAGAUGUCAAUGCACUUUUCCAAAAAAUAUACAAAGACGCCGACGAUGACACGAAAAAAGCAAUGAUGAAGUCUUAUACAGAAAGCAGUGGCACAGUGUUGAGUACGAACUGGCAAGAAAUAAGUAAAAAGCGUACGAGAAUUCGGCCACCAGAGGGAAUGGAAUUCAAGAAAUGGUAA